AUGUCCAAACGACAAUCAAGGCCUCUCUUCAUACACGAAGGUUUCUUGCUUCGACAGCAGAAAUCUCUCGCAGAUGGUACAGAACUUUUAUACUGUGAUAAGAGACAAACGCUUGGAUGUACAGCUAGUGCCAGAAGAGUGAAUGGGCACAUUUUCAUGAGAACAGGACACAUUUUGCAUGAAGCAGACGAGGAAUUUGCUAACACAAAACUCGCAAAGCAUGCCUUGAAACAAAUUGCGGCAAAUACUACUUGCUCUCCAAAAAAGUUAAUAGAUGAACUGCAGUCAUCAUUAGGCCCAAUUUCACUAGGAGCGUCAAGGCUUGCGUUAACUAGAAUGAUUCAUCGUGCACGGCAAACUACAGCCGAACCCAAUGCCACAGUGAAGCUUGAACAGAAACCUGAACUACUUGAAGACCAUGCUGACGUGUCGGAUGAUCUACCGGAUGCGAACAUUGGAGAACUAUUGCAAAAUAUUAUAAAACAAGAAGAACCUGAGGAAGAAACUGAGAUGACACAAAGCUCAUCAUCAAAUAUAAACCAUUCACAUCAAACAAUCACCAUUCCGGUUGGAUCUUUUUUCGAGACUUUGCAAGAUAUUGUAAGAUACAAUGUUCAAGAAUCGAACCAAUCGGUGGUCGAACAGAUAACUAAUGUAGUCAACGAGCCGAAAAGACACAGCAGUGAGCAGGCCAAAAAAAUUUCGUCAAACGAUGUCAACAAUUGCAUCAAAGACUUUUUGGUGAAUAUGCAAAAUUUCGCGUCUGGAGGAAUUUCUGAUGGCACUACAUAUCAAUUUGGAAGAUGUACUGGAAGCAACACUGAGCAGCCUUGA